AGCAUAUCCAUUUUCUCUCUUUCUUUACUCAGCUUGGCUAUCGUAUUUUCUUUCUCUUUAUCUCAGUGAUCGAACUUUUUGAAAAUUCUCGUUUUUCUAUCGCUGCACUGAUGUACGGUGCACCUUAUUCAUGCAGUUACGCUAGCGCCGGCCGGCACCCACGCCCUGAAGCCCGCCUACGACGAUCCGCAAACAAGUCCAAAGGCGUCCUCACAAAAAAAAGCCACCAGUGGGCGUUCCAACGUCUUUUGCGCCCACCACCCGCUGUUUUCUCCUUCUUCUACUUUUGUAGUCCCCAAUCGCGCCUCUCUCUCUGGCCAUCCAUAUCCUCCCUCUCUCUCCCCUCCCCUCCGCCAUCUUCUCCUUCUUGUCGCAAACAAAUACACUAACCCACAACAUUUCCCUCCGAGUUCCUUUUUCAACCUUGCUAUCGACUCGUCAGCGGCCCUUUUCCUCUUUUCCUCGACCUCCUCCUGCCUGCCCCUCCUUUGCUGGCUUUGCUGACGGCCAUGCCCUCAACAUCGCCUGAAGGACAAGGCACAAGCCCGCCGGAUCGCAGCGCUGCUGUCAACGGGCACUCACGCCCCGCCUGCACGGAAUGCCAGCGACGAAAGCAAAAGUGCAAUCGACAAUGGCCAUGCAACCACUGCCAGAAGCGAAAGGUAGCCGACCAGUGCAGGUUCACACAGGCUCCCGCAGCAGCCGACAAGUCCCCCGCAGCCACCAAGAAGCGCUCGCGACACGACGAAGAUGUCGACAUGGCCUCGGACGACGACGACGACAUGCAAGGCUUCGCAGCCAUCGGAUACAUGCACUCAGAUUUUCUCUCUGGCCUCACAAGCGAGAAGAAACCGAGACCAACCCCGCGACAAUAUUUCAAAGCCCCUGAUGCUUGUCCCCAGCUACAGAAGGCACUGCAAGUCCUCCCCUCACGAACCACCACCGAUGUCCUCGUCCAAAACUUCCUCUCCCGCGUCAACUUUCACUACUACAUAAUAUACCCCCCGUCGUUUCUGCAAGAAUACCGAGAUUGGUGGGCGGAUCGACAGGCCAACAAACCCCUGGGCCUGCAAUGGACAUGCCUGCUUCUAAUGAUCUGUGCAUGCUCCGCCCAAUAUACAGAACCCGGUUUACAGCGCAAAAUCGAGACUGAGCUUGGAGAGGCAAUCGAAUAUGCAUCCGACAGAUACCAUCUCGUCGCCCGCGAACUCCACAGCACCAUCCCCGUCAGCUACAGCCACCUCAUCAGUGUGCAGUAUCUGCUGCACUCGUGUCUGUGGUACAAGUACGAGGCUAGAUUUGUCGAGUCGUGGCACGUACUCAGCGUAGCUAUCCGCGAAGCCCAAGAAUUAUGCUUCAACCACGAGAAACGGGCGGGCCCAAUAUCCGAAUUUGACGCGGAGAUGCGCAGACGCACGUGGUGUAUUAUGGAUACAUGGGACUGGCAAAUAUCGGCACUUUUGUCACGCCCGCGAAUCAUUGACUUGCUCGACUGUGAUGUUCAGCAACCCAGCCUCACUCUCGAAGGCUACGCCGUCUCGCCAAUGGAGCACAUGAAGCAACAAUCCAUUAUUGUUGGUCAGCUGUCUGCACGCUUUGGAGCACCCAAGAACGCAACGUCACCAUCCGACAUUAACGAAUACCUUUCGCUUGUCGAAGAUUGGAUCCAGACAUUCCCGCCGCAAUUCGAUGUAGAGACGCCCGACAAGUCGCUCGAUUCGAAAUACGAAUGGAUCAUUUUACACCGACACUACCUUCACUCAGCCUGCUACUGGAUGCUGCUCGAUCCGCUACGGCCAUAUCUGACACGAGCGAUGGACCAGCAGUCAUUGCAAUACGACCUGCACUUUCGCGCACAGGGUAUCAAGUACGGCCUGAAGCUUGUGCGGUCACUGAUUGACUUUUUCCACUUUGUAUAUCCCAACGACGCCAAGUUCCACUUUGUCCUGUUUUCGGUGUUUGACAUCGCAUCUACCUUGUGCUCGACCAUGCUCCACGACGACGACGGCAGCCUCGACUCGCGCAACGACAUUGCAGCGGGCGUCCGCUCGGCUAUCGACAUGCUCUCGACGCUCCAAGGCGUCACCAAGACGGCCAAGGCUUCCCACGACAUUCUGCUUCUUCUGAUGCAGCGUGUUGCUGCAGCUUCAGAGGUACGCUCCCACCGCGCAAACCAAUCCAGAACAGCCGUCACUUUGGACGCGUCUCUUUCUCCGCCUCCAAUGACUGCUUGCAACCACGCUGUUGGUGCCUCUGGAGCAUGCAGCGAGGUUGGCAGCACCGACGGCUAUGAUUAUUUUCCUGUUUCUCCAAACGACAUGUUGACCAGUGACCAGGCCCAGCACCAGCAGCCCGUCAUUGUAGGCGCAUCGCCCAACCACAGCCAGCAUCACGGACACCACGGAAUGCACGACCAGCAGCCCAACGGCGGCGUCUACGCUACGAUGCCUCCGCAGCCGAUGAUGAUGACCUCGCUCGACAUGGGCCAGCAGUACAUGCCGAUUGCUCCUCAGAGUGUCCCCGUCAAGGUGCCCACAACCAUGUACUUGCAGCCGCUGGAGAGCGUGUACAUGGCGCCGACCCCGACGCAUAUGUUUGGCAACUUUUCUCUCGACGGCUUUACAGAGGAGCAGCUGGGCGAUUUGGCGACCAUGUGGAACUACCAGAGCUUGGAUCUGAGCUUUAUACCGCAACAACAGCAACAGCAACAGCAGUAGCGAAAGCGAUUCGAGAGCGUCUUUGGUUCAAACAACGAGCAGCAUCAUCUGUUUCUAUCAAUACUCUUCUUUUACUUCAUAUUUCACCGAGUCUUUUCUCCUCUGGGAUCUAGGACCUUUUUCUUUUUUACAUGUACACCAUGGAUGGGACCGCAUUAUGGACGGCGUUUCUUUUUGGGGGGACGGGAGGAAGCAGGAGUCUUACCACCGUCACCCACCACUCCUUUGAGAGGGGAAACCACGGCGUUUUUACUUUACCUUUUUCAGGAAUUACUAGUUACUUACUUACAGCUGUUUACAGAGCGGCACUGCGCAGACCGCGGUCGACUCGGAACUACAUCACACGCAUGGGGACAAAAACAAUGAACCAAAUCUAUUAUAUGUUCUCUUCUAUACACUCUUUCUCUGUGAUAUCUUGCUAUUUUCUUCUAAAUGUUUGCGCCGAAAAAAUGAAUCCCAUGAUAUAUGCCCGCUAAAUUUCAACGUCGGCCUUGUUGCAGGAACGACUCCCCACGGCCUUGUACACCACACAGUGACUUCUUUGUCUAGCGACUCCCCGUUAUGCCGUUGAGAUCUUCAGAUGAUGGGGGGACAUAUGGGGGAGGAGGACUCGGAGGAGGAGGAGGAGGUGACGAUGUGGUUGCGCGGGUGGACGACAUGUCGUCGUCACUGCUGGUGGUGUAAGUCAGACCACAGUACCCAACAACGACACAGAGGGGGACAACGUACCUGUAUGGCAUGAUGGAAUAUGAAGAAGACGAAAAUUGAGAAGUGGACGGUAGGCGCUCUUCGAAAAGGGUUGUUUUUAGGGGGGUUGUGGUGGCCAGGCAGAGAAGGCAGACUUGUAGGCUGCAAGACGAUAUGGGUAGGCUCUGUAGUUGGGCAGAAUAGAAGCGGCAGUGAAUGAAGAAGUUGUGAGCUUGACUUGUGAGGAGAAAAAAACCAUGAAGCAUAGGGGGCCAAGUGCUUCUUAAGUGUGCAGGCAGGUCGAUAUUGGUAGAAAAGCAGAACGUCUUCUUCGCGCGCCUGGGUGUCUGGGACCUCAGAUCUCAUA